AUGAUGUGGUCUGAUCGUUCGAAUACAUCUGAAUUAUGUCCAUCCAACAAAACAAAUUGUCAUCAUGUCAACAUUUAUGGACAUUCGAAUCAAAUGCGAUGUUAUCCAUUGUUAGUCAAUUUUGCUCAUCAAUGUUGCGGAAUGUCUCAGAAAAAUAAUUGUGAUACUGGCCUUACAUUUGGUAUGGCUCAAUGUCUAAAAUUAAAUAUGAAUAUAUUCAAGUCAGAUGAUGGAUUUCGUCAACGAAAUAGUGAUUUAUUGAACUAUUAUCGGGGUGGUGGAUAUUGGCUCUGGAAGCCGUAUAUUCUCUGGCAUGAAUUAUAUGCAGCACGAGAAGGUGAUGUUAUAGUUUAUUCAGAUGCGGCUGUGAAUUUUGUCUCCGACAUAAAUAUUUUAAUAAGGUUAAUGGGACAGCAAGACAUAAUGACGUUCAGGCAGAUAAAUCAUAGUGAGUCAGCAUAUACAAAACGAGACACUUUUAUUCUGAUGCACGCUGAUUCAAAAAGAUUCGUUGAAUCAACAGCGGCAGUUGCUUCAUAUGUUCUUGUUCGCAAAAGUGUCCAAAGUUUAGCUUUUGUUUCCGAGUGGCUUACUUAUGUUCAAGAUGGUCGAGCAGUAAGCGACGAUAGAAACGUGCUGGGCAAACCCAACUAUCCUAACUUCGUCGGCCAUCGACAUGAUCAAUCAAUUCUUGGAUUGCUCGUAAAAAAAUGGAAUUUGACCACCUAUCCCGAUCCUAGCCAGCAUGGAGAAAGUGUCGCACGACCAUAUCCAACUAUUCUUAAACAUCACCGCAAGAAACUAUGA